CAUCCUCUUCCUCUGAAGAGGAACGACCAAAAAGAUCAAAUGUGAAGAAUGGUGAAGUGGGUAGGCACAGACGACACUCGCAUAGUCCGUCACCUUCUCCACGGAAACGACAAAAGGACUCUUCCCCUCGGAUGCAGAUUGGAAAGAGGUGGCAAUCACCAAUGAUUAAAAGUAGGAGGAGGAGGAGUCCAUCACCACCACCUGCCAGAAGACGGCGCUCUCCUUCUCCUGCACCUCCUCCAAGGCGGCGCAGAUCACCUUCAUUGCCUCGCCGAAGGUCUCCAUCACCGCCUCCACGCAGGCGCUCACCUACUCCCAGACGAUAUUCUCCUCCGAUACAGAGACGAUACUCUCCUUCACCACCUCCUAAGCGAAGAACAGCAACUCCCCCUCCUCCUCCUCCAAAACGAAGGGCAUCACCUUCUCCACAACCCAAGCGCAGAGUCUCACAUUCUCCCCCACCAAAACAAAGAAGUUCUCCUGUGGCAAAGAGGCGUUCCCCAUCGCUAUCUUCCAAGCAUAGGAAAGGUUCUCCUUCCAGCAGGUCUAAUCGUGAAACCCGAUCCCCACUACAAAACAAACGGCAUUCACCAUCUCCACGGCCUAGAGCUUCACAUACCUCUGCAAGUCCACCGCCUCUGCGAAGGGGAACUUCAUCUUCACCCAAGCGGAGACAGUCUCCAUCUCCAAGCAGUAGACCCAUCAGGAGAGUGUCAAGGACCCCGGAACCCAAAAAGACAAAGGCUUCCACACCAAGUCCACAGUCUGUGAGAAGGGUAUCUUCAUCCAGGUCUGCAUCAGGAUCGCCUGAGCCGGCACCUAAGAAACACCAAGCCCCUCCAUCCCCUACUCGGUCUCAAUCCCCCUCCACUAACUGGUCGCCACCACAUGUGAAAAAGGCUCAAAGUCCUACGCAGAGUCCAUCCCCUGCAAGGAAUUCUGACCAGGAAGGUGGCGGGAAGAAAAAGAAGAAGAAGAAGGAUAAGAAGCAUAAAAAGGACAAAAAGCACAAGAAACACAAAAAACAUAAGAAAGAGAAGGCUGCAGCUGCUGCUGCAGCUGCUGCUGUUACUUCAGCUGCCACUUCAUCAGCCCAGGAAGACCCAGAAGCAGAGACAGAGCUCAAAAAGGUCCUAGAUGGCUGCCCGCAAAGUGGGUUCGACCAUGGCUCGUCCGCAGUAACCCGGAGCAACUACCGAGUGACUCGGAGGACGCAAACGAGGACGAAAACAUUCCAGAUCUUCGUCUUCUCUUUGUCUGAGAUCAAGAUGUUUUGGACAAUUGGGCUAUUAUGUUUAAUCUUAAUACCUGCUGCAGCCGUGCCAGAUUUAGAACAGCGCUUGCGCUGUAAUAUUUGGGUGCGACUGGCUAAUGUGCUUAAUCAAUCUGAAUUCUGUUUGACUGUUGCACCCGAUAUGCAUGGUUUGGGAACAUGCCUUGUACCUGUUUGCAAAGCACCUGGGGAAAUACCUAUAGCAAACACCUCCGGCCUGUGUAACCUGAUCGAUUGCCAUGUGCCUGGUAAAGCGUUCAAUAAAUCAAUGAUACAAUAUACCUCGCUAUUAGACUGGGGUACCGCCAGUUAUUCUCUCCGCCCGGACGCUGUGCAACUUUAUACCCCUUUUGUUGCCAAUCAUGCCAAUAAUACUUGCGCACGCAUAGUAAAUUGCUCCAAUCACCGCCCAACGAAGGGCUGUUUAUCUGCUGGGCCAGCGCGAUGGAACUGUACAACCCUUUUAAAUGUUACCAGUAAUUAUGGUCAUAUUCCCCUGCCUAGUGGGUGGUUUUUUACCUGUGGGAGUCGUACGUUUAAUUACAUUCCUGCCAAUUUAUCUACCACUCAGUGCUGCCUUAGUCGCCUGGUCCCUAUAAUGCCCUCAAAAACUACUUGAUCGAACCACUCAUUCACGAACUAGACGGCGUGCAUCCCCUUUAACCCCUGCAUGUAAUGGAAAUGUAACCUUGCUUAGCCAGGCUGAAUAUAUUUCUUUAGCCGCUUCAUUGGUGGGUCUUCCGGGUUUGGCAGUAGGAUAUGGAAAUAAUCUGGCCGAACUCGCCUGCCUGUUGGCAAAAACUAUUAACACCAGAUCUAGUGCUAUAGGGUUAUUGAACCAGGAACAGCAGGAAUUAAGGCUCGCUGUCCUGGAUAACAGAGCCGCUAUUGAUUUUCUGCUGUUGCAAGAACAUUUAGGGUGUGAAGCUGUAAAGGAAAUGUGCUGCUUUAAUUUGACUGAUAAUAGUAAUCGUAUUCAACAGCAAAUUGUUAUGCUAAAGACUUAUGCGCAAAGCAUAAAGCACAAUGAUGACCCCCUGUGGGACUGGCUUGCAAGCUUUCGUUGGCCCAGUUGGCUUGUGUCGUUAGCUCACACACUUGUUAUUGUUUUGCUGGGUGUGUUAUUAUUAAUUCUUUUUAUUCCUUGUAUAAUUCAAUGUAUUCAACGCAGCUUGCAGCGCCUUGUGGAUUCUGCAUUUAAUAAAAAGGGGGGAAUUGUGGGGAAUUAUCGUGUAUUCUAGGCCGAGAAUUGUGAAGUCAGUCUGGAAAAAUACUGGGACCCUUGCUAUAGUCAUGUGACUGAAUUCUAGUUACCCUUGCAUAGUACAGUAAACAGGGCCUUUUAUGGUGCCCACAUGUCUGUUGCUUUGUGCAUGCUGUGCGCGUGAUAAUUUGCUUUGGUCCAAUUAUAUGGCUAGUAUGUAUGAUGUUAGCAUACGUGAUUAAUGCUUAUGUAACCAGAUUUGACUAUAUAAGGGAGUAGUAGAAAAAAUAAAGAAGGAAGAUUUUUUACUUG